AUGUUGAAUGGUCCCCCCCUUGAAAGAGUUUGGAAAGUCAAUAUAGAUGGAUCAGCUUUUGGUAAACCUAGUCCUACAGGAAUAGGAGGUGUUAUAUGUAGCUGGAAGGGGAAAGUAUUGCUAAUGUUCCCUAAAAAUGUUGGAGUCAAGGACUCGAACUUGGUAGAGCUGUUGGAAGUAGUUGAAACCCUCACUAUUGUGGCUAACGCCAACAUUGAUCUCCUCUUGACAUCAUUAUUGAAAGUGACUCCAACGUCAUCACAACUUGGCUCAAAAAAGAUGAAGAACAUUACUUUUGUUCAUAUUCUUAAAGAAGCUGAUCAUUUUGCGAACUCUCUAGCUAAGAUGGGGGUGCAUACAUCUUGUUAUUUUGUAGCUUGGCUAUAA